AUGCGCUUUGCCGUUCUCCUAGCCCUGGUUGGGCUUGCUGCUGCUGCCGUUCAUCAGCACCCUCUUGUUUGGCGGAAGUCAAGAAAGGUUCAAAUGAUCGAACGAGGGGAGUAUGCCGCUUUCGUCGGAUACCGUAAUUCUCUACGGGCCGCGAAUCUCGCGAGUCUUCCACAAGCGGUAUCCGAUUAUGGAGACUACGAGUACGUUGGUAACAUCACCAUCGGCACACCCAACCAGCAGUUUGUCGUCGUGCUCGAUACUGGCUCAGCCAAUCUCUGGCACCUUCCGUGCAAUAAGAAGGCCAAAUUCGUCGCGGCUUCCUCAAGUACCUUUGUGUCGAGCACAACCGCGUGGACAAUCACUUAUGGAUCUGGUGAUGCUAAGGGAGUGCUUGGUACCGAUACUGUCAAGUUCGGCGGAUCCAAAGAACAGCAGCUAGUCGUUCCAAAAACCACUUUUGGAUUGGCCACCCACAUCUCAUCUGACUUCAAGGAUGACCCAACUGACGGCAUCCUCGGUCUCGCCUUCACGUCACUUGCUGUCGACGGUGUUGUGCCUCCUCUUAUCAAUGCAAUCAAUCAAGGUGAGUUUGCCUUCGGGCUCUUUUUUGGUUACGCUGAGUCAACAAAUCACAAAAAAGUAGCGUGGCACUAG